UAACCCGACCACCAUACGCACCGAGGUCGUGCCAGUCCUGGGCCGGGCGCGACUGCAUUACGCACCGAAGACCUAAAACAUGAGUAAGCAGGGCUCCUAUCGAGGAAGUAACCUGCAGAAAGAGCAUCAAAUCGCCCGUACGUGGGGUCGACUUCACGCGUUUUAAUCCGUCAGCCGCCAGAAUGCCGCCGCAGAGAAUAUUCGCUCUCCCGAGGCAGCAAUCGCUGCUUCUGCCCGCCGUCAUUAAUCCAUUCGUGCAGGAGACGAAAUUGAGCAAGGCCGAUAUAAUAAAAUGUGUCCUCCUUGGUAUCUUCCUGGUGCCUAUCCGAGGGAUCCUCCUGUCCUUGGUGCUGAUGAUCACCUGGCCCGUGGCCGUGAUCACCACCUUCAAGCACCCCCUGAAAGGCUCGGUGGAGCCCAUGACGGGCUGGAGAAGGUUCAUGUGCCGCCGGGUGAUGGCUCCGCUGGGCCGGGCCUACUACUUCGCCAUGGGCUUCCGGGUGGUGGUGAAGGGGAAGCAGGUGAGCAGCCGGGAGGCCCCCAUCCUGGCCGUGGCCCCCCACUCCACCUUCUUCGACGGGAUCGUCUGCAUCGUGGCCGGCCUGCCCUCCACCGUGUCCCGCGUGGAGAACCUGGCCACGCCCAUCUUUGGCCGGUGUGUGCGUUGUCUCCAGCCGGUCCUGGUAUCCAGAGAGCGCACUGAUUCCAGGAAGAACACCAUCCGAGAGAUCGAGAAGAGGGCCAAGUCAGAAGGUGUCUGGCCCCAGGUUCUGAUAUUUCCAGAAGGAACCUGCACAAAUCGCUCUUGCCUCAUCACCUUUAAACUGGGGGCCUUCAUCCCUGGGGUCCCUGUGCAGCCUGUGAUCAUGAGAUACCCCAAUAAGCUGGACACGGUGACCUGGACUUGGCAAGGCUUCAGCUCGAAGACCUUGCUUCUUCUGACGCUGUGUCAGUUGUACACCACCGUGGAGAUCGAGUUCCUUCCUCCCCAGAUCCCCACAGAGGAAGAGAAAAAGAGUGCGCCCCUGUUUGCCAGCACAGUGCGCAGAGUGAUGGCCGAGGCCCUGGGCGUCCCGGUCACCGACCACACGUAUGAGGACUGCCGGCUGAUGAUCUCCGCCGGGGAGCUGACUCUGCCCAUGGAGGCCGGCCUGGUGGAGUUCACCAAGAUCAGCCGCAAGCUCAACCUGAAGUGGGAGAACGUGCAGAAGGAGCUGGAGGGCUUCGCCGUCAUGGCCAGCUCCUGUAAAGGGGGCCGCAUCUCCAUCCAGGAGUUCGCCCGCUUCCUAAAGCUGCCCAUCACCCCGGCGCUGGAGGAGCUGUUCGCUCUGUUUGACCGGGACGGCGACGGCACCAUCGACUUCAGGGAGUACGUCAUCGGCGUGACCAUGCUCUGCCGCCCGGCCAACACGGAGGACGUUCUCCGCAUGGCCUUCAAGCUGUUCGACACGGACGAGGACCAGCGAAUCACGCGGCUGGAGUUCUCAGCGCUGCUGCGUUCGGCGCUGGGCGUGUCCGACCUGAACAUGACAAAGCUCUUCAAAGAGAUCGACGCCGACGCCUCGGGAUUCAUCACGUUCGCGGAGUUCGAGGCGUUCGCCCUGACACACCCGGAGUACGCCAAGCUGUUCACCACCUACCUGGAGCUGCAGCGCUACCAGGCCCUGAAGGUCUCCGGGGACGAGGGGCCCGAGUGGCCCCUGGAGGAGGCCCUCCUCCAGGGGCCCGGCCCGGCCGACCAGGGCUCCGACAGCGCCUCGGACAAGAAGGACGACUGAGCUCGGAAACUCUGGGACUCUGGAGAACCCAACGCGUGACAUCGCUCACCGACGAGUCACACGCAGACAUGCACAUUUACACGCACAGACGCACAUACCCCCCCCACACACACACACCCAAACACACACACACCAAACCGGUCCCUUUGCACUAAUUCAUUCUUGACAUUUUAGCUUUUGUAAAAACGUUUCGGGACGACUGGGAUGGUGUGAACACAAAGAGGCCAAGUGGACGGUCGCUCGCACAUCCUGGGGGGAUGUCACGCGCUGCUCUUUCUUAAGUGUUUCCAGAGCGAGAGUCUCUGUAUCCUCAUUUGUUUUUGUAGUGCCUUUGAGAGAUUAGUCCGAGCCACUGCCCAACGAGCAGCUCUCCAUAGGGCUCCUCGUGGGGUUUUUAUUUCUCCCUCACUAAGAGAACACCACUUCAAUGGGGAGAGGGUGGUAGAGGUGACACAAUAAUAAUAAUAAUGAUGAUGAUAGCAUGUAUUCAUGCUAUCAUGAUAGCAUGUAUUCAUGCUAUCAUGCUACAUUCAGGCUAGGGGUGUCCUGAGGGUGUGUGUGUGUGUGUGUGUGUGUGUGUGUGUGUGUGUGUGUGUGUGUGUGUGUGUGCGUGUGUGCGUGUGUGUGUGUGUGUGUGUGUGUGUGUGUGUGUGUGUGUUCACACAGCGAUGUGUCUAGUGCACUACACCUCACGUUACGUGUCGGUCACAAUGAGUCCAUCUCCACAUCUUCCCUGUUCAAGUCCAUCUUUUCUUUUUAAACUUCACCAGCACAAUAUAUAUCUACGUAUACAUAAUAUAUACUGUUCAUAUAUUUACAUAUUAAUAUACCACUUCAGCCACUGUCGUUGGUUUGCAUCUAUGACAUUCACCGCUAAAGCUUGGUGGACGCUACAAUCCUGUGUAGAUAACCGAGAGAGACAAAUAAAACAAAAAAAACAUUGCCAAAUAUUUGUAUGUAUGUAAGCAUCCUCUUCUUUUUAAGCAGCGGAUUAAUUAGCAUGUGCUUUAUUAAGGUAUAGCCAAUCAGGCACAGCCCCGCUGGGGACCUUGUUAAUGCUACAUCUGCAGAGGGAGAGAGCGCACACGCUGUGAACUCUGCGCUUCGUUCCUCUUCCCGUGCUCAGGGAGACAGACCUUGUUAGACGGCUGUAUAAUUAGCUAAAGGUUUUGUUUUGCAUGUGUUUCUAUUUGCAUUUCUACCGAGGAGUUAUUCGCUGAGGCAGCAGAAGUGCGCGCUGGCUUUACAGCUACAAACGCAGAACAGCGUCUGAAAAUAGGGCAAUUUGUGAGCAAAAAGGCAGAGCUGCUUGUUUUGCAUGUUCCACGGGGCUCUGGUUUUAGAUUAACUCGCAGCAUUGCUAUUAAUUUAGCGGGUUGCAAGGCAAUUAUGUGAUUCUUUUAUUUUUUUGUUAACACAGCAAAAGUUUGCUUUCUGCAAUGAAAAACAAGCAGACCAUUUUUAGCUCUCUCCUCUUGUGUAUGUGUCACCGCAGGGGGAAACUUGUUACAGGAGUUUGGGCGAGUUUGUAAUUGGUUUUAAUGAGGCUUGAAAUGUAUGCAUAAAUGAAAGCCCCCUCCAUCUUCAGUUCUGUAAACCGCCACCAGGUGUCGCCAGUCAUCUGUGUCUGAGUGCAUAUGUUUGUGCGUGGAUCAUAGUUGUCGAACAUUUGUAUAUAUGAGCAUUGGUUGAUGCCCAUGCAUCCUCUCAUGUCCCUGAUCUAUUUCUUGCCGGUAAGAAAAGAUCGAUCGUGGAAUUUUCACACUCCUGUGUAAAUUAGAGUUUAGCAGGUCAUUUGUAUCUGUAACACACUUAAAGAGGACCCCUAAGAUAACUGUCGGGCCAAUGUCGUUUUUUUUUGUAGUUUUUCUAACCGCAAUAAAAUGCUCUUUGUCAAA